AUGACCACUCGUAAUCCUUCGAGUCUUGACUCUGCUAAUUGUGUUACAUGGCUAAAAACAUGUAGAUCCCCAUACAUUCGUUAUAAUGUUUACGUAAUACUCAGGUACAAACUUGAAAAGCGUGAGCCAAGUCAACUAGAAAGGCUCACCAAGAAAUCAAUCAAACUGCCUACUGAUCGAUCAGAUAAGUUGAGAUUAAAUCAGCUUGGUUUUGUGUGGUACAAUUGA